GGACUAUCGUCAGUGCCGGCGCAUUCAAUAUAUAUGAUCGAUUCCAUCGUGACUGGUAGAAAGACGACGUGAAAAACAAGGUUAAAAAUAAACAUUAAAACAAAUAUAGCAUUUUUAAUUAGGAAAAACCAGUCAAAAAACUGAAUAACAACAAAUUACUUCAUUGGCGGCUGCAACACCACUGAUUGUGGCGCCAGAUCGACAAAGAAAUUCCAGUUCCGCCGGUAUUUCGGACGCGAAAAUAUUAAGUUGGCGCAUACACACAAUUUGAGAGAAGAAUUCAAAGUUUAAGUGAUCGAGCCCCAGCCGCCGCUCAAUCUCCCCAUUAUAAUUAGCCGUCAUACACUGAUCGAGAAGCAAAAACCAUAAAUGAAAAUAGUGUUGGUUAAACGGCUUCCGCGUAUAUUAACUAUCAUAGUUGUUGGGCUGCUUCUGCAAAAAUCAAAUGCAGACAUUCCCGAAUGCGAUUAUUACGACACUGUCGAUAUUUCGGCAGCUCAAAAGCUACAGAAUGGAUCGUACAUAUUCGAGGGGUUGCUCGUUCCGGCCAAUUUGACUGGAGAAUAUGAGUUCAGGAUCCUCCCGGACAACUCGAAGCAGAAGGUGGGCAAACACAUAAGAGGAUGUGUGUGCAAGGUGAAGCCCUGUGUCAGAUUUUGCUGCCCCCACAACCACAUAAUGGAUAAUGGCGUCUGCUACGACAACAUGACCGAGGAGGAGCUGACUGAACUGGAUCCUUUUCUUAACGUGACUCUUGACGACGGGACGGUGUUCAGCAGGCACUUUAAAAAAGAACUAAUCGUCCAGUGGGACCUACCGAUGCCGUGUGACGGAAUGUUCUCUCUAGACAACAGGGAUGAACUGGAUCAAUACGCGUUGUUCGAGAACGGAACUUUCUUUCGCUACUAUGACCGUGUGACCCUUAACAAGCGCGAGUACUGCCUUCAGCAUCUUACAUUCACAGAUGGUAAUGCAACGUCUAUUCGAAUUGCACCUCACAACUGCCUAAUACUGCCAUCCAGAACGGGACAGACGGUUGUGAUGAUCAUUUCGCUGAUAUGCAUGGCUCUAACGAUCACCGUUUACCUCUUCGUUAAGAAACUACAAAACUUGCACGGAAAAUGCUUUAUGUGCUACAUGGUGUGUCUCUUCUUGGGGUAUCUUUUGCUAUUGCUCGAUUUGUGGCAGAUGUCCUUUAACUUUUGCAUAACAGCAGGUUUUCUAGGCUAUUUCUUUGUCAUGGCCGCAUUCUUUUGGCUUUCCGUUAUCAGUCUGCAUCUUUGGAACACGUUCAGCGGCACCUCCCACAACGGGAAUCGCUUCUUAUCUGAGCAUCGGUUUGCGGCCUACAGUACCUAUGCCUGGGGCAUGGCGGUGGUCCUCACCGGAAUCACUUGUCUGGCCUAUAAGGUCGUGGAAAACGAGGAUUGGAAUCCUCGUGUGGGCGCCGAGGGACACUGUUGGAUAUAUACUCAAGGCUGGUCAGCCAUGCUCUACUUUUACGGCCCAAUGGUAUUUCUUAUAGCGUUUAACAUAACCAUGUUUAUCCUGACGGCUAAGCGUAUAAUAGGAGUGAAGAAGGACAUUCAGAACUUUGCCCACAGGCAAGAGAGGAAGCAGAAGCUGAACUCGGACAAACAGACUUACACCUUUUUCCUGCGGCUCUUCAUCAUAAUGGGAUUGUCGUGGAGUUUGGAGUUCGGCUCCUACUUUGCGCAAUUCAACCAAACUUGGGCCAACGUCUUUCUGGUGGCUGACUACUUAAAUUGGUCCCAGGGAAUCAUCAUAUUUAUACUGUUUGUUCUGAAGCCCAGCACGUUGAGACUCCUGAAGAAAAGCAUUAGGGGUGAGGGUGAGGAGGUCAACAACAGCGAAGAGGAGAUUUCGCUCGAGGACAGGAAGAAUUAUCAAAAUGCCCUGUAAUAGGAACCAUCCAAAAUCCACGAGGAGGAUCACUCUCCAUGG